AUGUCCCGGAAAGUGGUCCCCAAUCUCCCCCGUGCGCAGACAUUCAAGCGCCAACAGUCAGAGCGGAGGACAAACUUGGCCGCUGUUGACCCUACGCCAGAUGAGCGGAGAGCCGUCUCAGUCGACCGACGCUCUCAGGGACCCAGACCACCAUCCACCUCUCAGCCUCAUGCGGACCCCCGCAUCAGCGCCCCGGGUUUUCUCGGCUGCCCGCAGGACGACGCUCCUCAAUAUGUUCCCCCCCUGCCCUCGUUACCGGUGAACCCUGUUGAGGAUGUUUCUGCGGAGAGUCAGCUGGAGAAGAUGGUGUCCAAGAAUGAGGAGGUCACUCGUACUGACGAGUGCGCCAUCCAGGACAGCCUAUCAACUGCAGACACCCAUUCCUUGACAACGUCGCAGUAUGAUGCCAUGAUUCAUGAUGAACUCGAAAAGACUUGGAUUUUGAACCUCAGUAUGCACUUCCGCGAUCGAUCAAGGAGAGAAAAGUUUUUUGUUACAUAUCGCGAGCAGGAACACGUCUGGCGGCGUGUCACCAUCUCGCUCGAUUAUCGAAACGCCCCUCCAAACUCCUUGGAAAUGGACUUGAUUCACACGCAAUACCAGAGAGAAAAGAGUGCAAAGAUCUAUGAGGCAAUUCGCGAGAGCCUACGCGACAUUCAAUUCUACGACACUGUUACCAAUCUGAAGCUCCAGACUACUGAUGGGAGGCUGCAUGUCCACGUGGUUGAGGAUGGCAACGAAAUUAUCCCGUAUCCCACUGUUGACCAGGUUAAGCACCUAGGCUGCAAGCGGAUUCGAGAGCAGGACAUUGUCUUUGACUCUCACAUGUCUGGAUUCGUGUACAAGGUGAACGUCCAUGGACAAACCCUUAUUAAGAAGGAGAUACCGAGCCCGGAUACAGUUGAUGAAUUCCUGUACGAGGUCAAUGCUCUCAACCGUCUCCGCUACUCGGAUAAUGUCAUCCGUUUUCAUGGCGUUGUUGUGGAUGACCAUGACGAGUUUGUGAAAGGACUUCUCAUCAGUUAUGCAGACCAGGGCGCUCUUAUCGACAUAAUUUACGAGCAGUGUAAAGAUGGCGAGUUUGACAUACCAUGGUCGACGAGGAAGAAGUGGGCUCGCCAGAUUGUCGAGGGACUGUCGGAUAUUCACGACUCUGGUUUUGUUCAAGGCGACUUUACCUUAUCCAAUAUUGUCAUUGAUGAAAAUGGAGACGCAAAAAUCAUCGACAUCAACAGGAGGGGGUGCCCUGUGGGUUGGGAGCCUCCAGAGGCAACGCCACUUAUUGAAUGCAACCAACGAAUCUCAAUGUACAUCGGCGUGAAGUCGGAUCUGUAUCAGUUGGGAAUGGUGUUGUGGGCUUUGGCAAUGCAGGAAGAUGAGCCAGAAGCUCAAGGACGGCCGUUAAUACUUGGUCCAGAAGUCAACAUUCCCGACUGGUAUCGACAGAUGGCUGAGAUUUGUCUCAGUGACGAUCCUCGACUGCGGCUCCAGGCAUCGUCUCUCCUCCAGAUGUUUCCUUCCCCGCAGACCCAAGAUGAUCGUGGGAAGCUAAACCCUCCGUCGAUGUCUAUCGAUGAAGACUAUACGUUGCAACAGUAUCUGGUGGAUGAUUACCACCCUGAUAAUCAUCCGCACAUCAGAACCGUCGAACCUUCGAGCGAAUGGUCCUACGUGGGCCGGCCAUAUACGGAUGCGAGCCCAAUUGGAUACGAGCCGUACUACUAUACACGAGGUCGCUCACCCCCAAGCCCACUGCCAAGCAACUACGACCGAUGCGACUCCCCGCGCCGUCCAUAUGAUAUUUCUGCUUGGGCG